AGUCGUAACUGAGGGCGGUCUUAACACUUCCAAAAGCAGCGUUCAUGGCCUCGCCGGUCUCACCUUCAGAUGAAAAGGGUUGGGCGCAGAGAGUAUCGGAUACAGUUUUUGCUUUGUACAACUCUCUUCCCAAGAAAGGCAAACCUCAAGGGCGCGAAGUCACUGUCUUGGCUGCUUUCCUUCUUUCUUCUCCUUCCAAUGAUUUGGAGGUUGUUUCUCUGGGAACAGGAACGAAGUGUAUUGGACGCUCACUUUUGCGCCCUUAUGGUGAUGUUGUCAAUGAUUCUCAUGCUGAAAUUAUAUCACGAAGAGCUUUGUUAAGGUUCUUCUAUACACAGAUUCAACAUCUUACUGAAACUGGUAAUAAGCAUAUACCUGGCAAUGGAUGCAAACGGUUCAAAGUUGAGGAUGAUAUCAUACCAUUUGAGUUGGCCCCAGUGUAUCCUGAUACGGCAAGCUAUGCCUUGAAAGAGGGUUGGAAAUUACAUAUGUACAUAUCGCAGCUACCAUGCGGGGAUGCUUCACUCAGAUCUCUGGUCUUACCUUCAGAUGGUGUUUCUCUAGGAGAAAGUAAUUCAUCAUCGUGUCUGGAUAAUGGUCCAAAACAAAUAGGAAAAGUUCAGAGGAAGCCAGGCCGAGGUGAUACAACUCUGUCAGUUAGUUGCUCUGACAAGAUAGCCCGAUGGAAUUUGGUUGGUGUUCAAGGGGCUUUGCUUUCCUACUUUCUCCAACCAGUUUAUAUAUCCUCUAUUACUGUUGGAUUGCCCCCUAACAGUUCUGAAAAUCUUCAUAUUGAGGAUAACUUGAGAGGCGCAUUGUAUGAUCGCAUCCUACCCUUCUCAAAUGAGUUAAAAAGUCCAUUUCGGGUGAACCAGCCAUUAUUUCUGGCUGCUUCAGCACCACCCAAGGACAUUCAACAUUGUGAGAGUGCUGCUAACACUCUAACAUGCGGCUAUUCUAUUUGUUGGAAUAAAUGUGGCUUGCAUGAAGUCAUCCUGGGAACCACAGGAAGAAAACAGGGCACCUCUGCUAAAGGGGCACUUUACCCAUCCACGGAAUCAUCAUUAUGCAAAAAGAGGCUGUCGGAGUUUUUCUUGUCACUGAGACCUGAGCGUUUGAAUUCUCUGGCUGAUGGAGUUACUUAUCAAGAACUUAAGGAUGGGGCAGAAGAAUACCGAUUAUCUUGUAAAGUUCUUAAAGGGAAACCUCCUUUUAGCGAGUGGCUCUUGAAACCAUUGGAUUGCCAGGCAUUUCCUAUCUUGAAAUAGCUGAGAUCCUGAGAUUAUUGACUAUGUAAAGCCUAUAUCGGUUGUAUUUGUGAGUGAUUGAUUGUUAGACGUUAUAUACGUUUGUUCACAUUUAGUUGACAUGUUUGGUAGCGGCUAGAAAUUUACCGGGCAAUCCUCGGGAACUGAAUUUCCCGUGGACAUGAGAGCAAAAAUCUUCGCCGAGAAAGGGGCUUAGGCUCAGGCCAAUUGUCCUUGAAAA